AUGGUCGCUCAAGCACGCCCGGCCAUCACUAUCAUCCCUGUCUCUGAAAGUGAAAAGGCCAAUGAGAAACUGACCGACGACACACUCUUCAAGAUCAUCCAAACAGUCCAUCGGGACGGCAUCGUCGGCCUUGGCAACGCCGUCUCGAUCGAGCAUGAAGACGCCAUAAAUGCGCAAAUGUGUGCCGAUGCCGAAUAUCUGCGGUCCAAAAAUGCUUUGUGGCACAUCCAAGGUGUGGACACGGGCAACGUCUCCCUCUCGCCGCCAGUCAACAAAGCUCUGUUCUAUCGCGAUGUCUACGCCAACCCUUGGGCACUCCAAGUCCUGCAGUAUCUCCUCGGGCCCAACCCUGAAUGCUGCUUCCUACGCUCCAACGUUUGUCUGCGUGGCACACAGCGGCAACGCGUCCACUCAGAUAUGGACUUCCGUUUCCCCGAACUGCCCUUCUGCUACACUCUGAACACUUGUCUCGUGGAAACGACCGUCGAGAACGGAGCGACAGAAGUGUGGCUGGGCACGCACGCAAACACCUCCAUAGAGGACCAUAUUGCGCCGAACGAGCCUUUCAUCAAGCCGGAUCUGCCGGAGGAGAGACGGAAAACAGUGCCCCCGAUCCGUGCCUGUUUGCCCAAGGGGACCAUGGUGAUCCGAGACCCCAGGCUGUGGCACGCAGGCAUUCCAAACCAUACCGACGAAACGAGGGUGAUGCUCUCGCAGAUGUUCUUUGCCAAGUGGUACGGAAAUCGACUGAGACUCCAGCUGCCGGCGGAGUGUAAGGAGAUGAUAGAGGGGUGGGAGAAGGAGGGCAAUGUAAAGUUUCAAGCGGAUUAUAUUGAGACGGAGAAUUUCGAUCAUCUGCAGCUCGACGGGCUGGACGCGGUGACUGGCCCCGCGAAAAAGGACGGCUACGUGAGUCCAAACAACUUCCCGUUCGAGGGAAAGAUUCAGCCCUUGAUAUCAGUGAACGAGGUGGUUGUCAAUUAG